AUGGGUCGCCCGAAGCCUGUUGCCCAUGAUCUCCUAGCCGACCUCCCAGUUGAUGCUGAUGCUGAACCAUCCCAGUCCAUGCCCCCACCAAAGCCAAAAAGAACAAAAAGGGCUCAGCCAAAGGCCAAAGUGACUCAGGUUGAAUCUGAGGACACUUUGCCUAUUUCCAAACUGGCUGAGAGUAAGAAGACUUCUUCUGCUCCUGCAAAAAGGUCUGUUGAAACCCAACCCUCUGAAUCCACACAGUCAAAGAAGCCGAGGUCGGCCUCAGCUUCUACCUCGGGGUCCAAGAAACCGGAUGUCCCUUGGGCCCCCAAAAUUACUUUGGAGGACAUGCCAAUCAUAUCUGGUGAAAGCGCCGACGAUGAAAUUAAUAAACUUGAUCUUCCUGCCAAUUCACCCUUCCGCAAUGCCGAUGUUAUCCCUCUUCCCUUCCCACCACCUCCACCUCCAAGUCAACCUGAGGAUGCUUCUGAAUCUGAGGACGAAGAUGGAGGUGAGGACGAGGAUGAGGCUGAAGUUUUGGUAAGGAAGCCUAAGGAUGCUGCUGGGACCGAAUCCCUUCCUUCAAGUGCGCAAAUCAUGGACUUAACUCAAGAUGAUGUGGGUGAAGGGGUUGCCAAGGAAACCACUCCCGAGCACGCUUCGUCCGACGAAAAUCUUGCUGAGAUUGAUGCAGAACUUGCAAUGGAGAAGGCGGCCGAAGUAGCUCGUCAAGAAUCUGCAGAGGUCCAUGCCCAAGUUGCUCCUGAGGCUGAGGAAUCACAACUUUGA